UGUGCGUAAAUUAGAGAAAUGAUGUAUAAAGUGAUUUCACCCACUUUUACGCACCCACCCAACCACAUACAAUUUAUUUACAAUGUUGACGAACAGUAACCAUAGCAAGAGAUGUUUUAGACAUUCUAUGUGCCAGGGGCGGUGCAGGAUUUAGUUGCGAAUAGCACGUGGGUAUCGCGAUCCAGACAGGACACUGAUGAGCCGCGAGAGGAGCGCGCGGGGAAGCAAGAGCAGUCUCUCGAAACAGAGAGUCGGUUGAAGACGCGCGGGGAUGUACGCGUAAAGAACCUCAACUCCGAGAUUAAUGGACUAAAUGCGUGGCUGGAUGUUCUUUUUGUAAAGACGUGCUAUCCUCGUUUGGUUUCAAUGAAGUCCGUCCCCCGUUGAGAGAGGUGACACCAACUCAGUAAAAAUAAUGAACAGGUAAAAACGGACACUCAAGACUGCAGGAGCGCCUCAGACAUGUGGGAUCUGGGGACUCCAAUUACGGAUAGUUCCGUGAUUCUUUACUGAAUAAAACAUUCUGGGAUUAAGGCGAGAUAAAAAGGGAACAAAAUGGAUUCAUACAAUUCCAGCGGAAUCGGCGCGUCCCUGGUUGUCCCUCCAAAUUCCACUCACCCUGUGGAAAGUAGAUACUCCUUGGCUACAGUGGCAGGUCUCGCAGCGCUCGUAAGCUUUCUUAUUGUGUUUACUGUCGUCGGGAACGUCUUGGUUGUAAUCGCUGUAUUAACGAGCAGAGCGUUGAAGGCACCCCAGAAUCUGUUUUUGGUUUCUUUGGCCAGUGCAGACAUCUUGGUGGCUACACUGGUUAUGCCAUUUUCCCUGGCCAACGAACUUAUGGGCUAUUGGUUUUUCGGGAAAGUUUGGUGUGGUAUUUAUUUGGCAUUAGAUGUCCUAUUUUGUACUUCGUCUAUAGUGCAUCUGUGUGCUAUCAGUUUAGAUAGAUACUGGUCUGUAACACAGGCAGUUGAAUAUAAUCUAAAACGGACACCGAAAAGAGUUAAGGGCACUAUAGUUAUAGUUUGGUUGAUAUCCGCCGUUAUAUCCUCACCACCGUUAAUUUCAAUCGACAGUAAUAGUGAUAACGCUCUUAAACCGGAGUGCGAACUGAACGACGAUACGUGGUACAUUCUCUCCUCCAGCAUAGCGUCGUUUUUUGCACCUUGCGUUAUUAUGAUAUUGGUGUACAUCAGAAUAUACCAAGUGGCCAAAACCAGAACGAGACAAAUGUCAGAGAAAAGGCCGGGGACAGACGGCUCCCCCCAGACAGAAAACGGACUAAGCAAAGGCACCUCGUUAAAACUGAAUGGUGAGAAAGAAAAUGGGCACUGCCCGUCCAUGUCAAAUGAACAGAAAGCCCCGGAGAAGGACGAGAUCGACCCCGAGGAGAGCAGCUCGUCGGAGGGAAAAGGCAGAAAGCCUCGGGACAAGGGCUCCAGGAAGGAGAGGAGGUCCAGCCGGAAGAACAGCUCCCUGUCCAAAAACUCGAGCCGGAUUUCCCGGGCCAGCAACAAAUCAAUCGACCUCUUCACCUCCCGCCGAAAAAGGAGAAACAUGGCAUCGCGCAAGAAGGUGUCCCAGGCCAGGGAGAAGAGGUUCACCUUUGUGCUGGCCGUGGUCAUGGGAGUGUUUGUGGUCUGCUGGUUUCCUUUCUUCUUCAGUUACAGCCUCUAUGCGGUCUGCAGGAAAGCCUGUGAGAUUCCUGACACGCUCUUCAAGUUCUUCUUUUGGAUUGGUUACUGCAACAGCUCUCUGAACCCUGUCAUUUACACAAUAUUCAACCAGGACUUUCGGAGAGCUUUCCAGAAAAUACUCUGCAAGUCCUGGAAAAAAUCUUUUUGAAAUCAGUUGCAUUUGCGUUCAUUGAUCCCUGAUUUGACAGGUUGCGCCACUGAAAAACACUACUUGUUGGCAUUUUAUAUUUCCUUUGGCCUUGAAUUAAUCAUAAUAAAAAAAAUUCUGAACACACAAGACAUUUAUUAGGAAUUGUUUAUGAGCGUUUGUAUUUUCUUGCGCAGGUGAAAGGAUAGACGAUUAGUUUUCACAGUGCCCUGGCAGUUUUUCUUGUAAAUGACCCAAUUGUGGAGUACACCACCAGGCUGGGAGAGAGGGAGUGCCAGGAGGUGUGUUCAUCUUAUGGGGCACUCCCAGUAUCACACACAUUUGUCUUUGUUUUUCAUGGUAUAAAGAUUAUUAAUGUGCAAGGCUUCUUUUUAUUUCCUUUUCCUUUUUUCGUAGGUUGAAAUGUCUGGAACCACAUUCUAACCAAAGCAAUGGUAGCCUGUUUAUCAAGCUAAUGUAAAAAAAAGAAUUUCUUUUAAAAAACAUAAGGGGGACAUAGCUUUAUAGAGCAUCAUAUGAAGUGUGUGUGUUCUCUUGCUGUGUCUGUGAAUUUCUGAGUGGACACGAGGGACUGCAGCUCAGAGAAGAGCGGAUGAAGAGGGCUGAAAUGUUUUUACUGUGCAGUUAAACAUGUUAUUUAUGUAGCAAGAAGGCUCUUUAUUUUGCACUGCAAAUGCUAACACAAAAUAUUUGAAAAGUAUUUCAUUGGGAAGUACAAGUAUCUCUAUUUAAGCACUGCUGUUCUGAUAUCAUUUCCUGUCUGUAAUCCUCAAGUAAAGACUAUCAUUCUAUUAAUAUUCAGAA